AUGCAUGUCCAACUUGGUCAUUAUGCAUGCUUAAAGAGGAUCGCUGCUCCUUUCGAUUUUUGUUUGUUCGCAGGAUCGAAGAACAUAGAUGGAGAUUUGCGUGAUGUUUUAACCUUGUUAAACUUAAACUCAUUGUUUGUAUUUCCUAAACAUGUGGCAUUCAAAGGUGAAAAUGGAAAAUAUUUAGGAGUAAUUACCAAAGAUAGCAAGCCAUGUUUACAAUUUUCGUAUGAUAAGCCUAGUGAUCCAAAGGUGGAACAUGAGAUAUUGACAACUCCAAAAGGUAUAGUUUGCAUCAAAUCUGUGUACAAUAAGAAAUUUUGGAGGCUUGGUCAUGGAGAUUGGAUUGUUGUAGAUGCAGAAGAUCCUCGCGGUAGUAACAACGCUAGAGCUAUGUUUAGGCAUAAUUCACUUGACAUUGAUGCUAUUUCACUCCUAAACAUGGCUAAAACUUGGUACUGUAAGAUGUAUACACUUAAUGACUAUGUAAGUUGCUUGAAUACUGCUACUCCAAAUGUUGAUCGAUAUGCAAAGCUGGAGGUCAUUGAUCUGGACAGGGAAAAGGACAUUAAUCGGAGUUGCAGAUGA